AUGCCUGCGAAUGAAACUCUCAAAGACCUUAAUCACUAUCGCGCGAAAAGAUACAGCUCAAACCUCACUCUAGUGCAAAAACGUGGUAUGCGAGAGGUACGAGAGCUGAUAAGGUUGAAAACCAUAAGACUAUCCGUUAGUGAUAAGGGUGGAGAGUUUGUCGUAAUUCCUUAUCAGUUAGAUGUGGAGAUAACGAAAAAGCAUCUUGAAGAUGCUUCGCUUUAUCGCCCAUCAUCUGAGGAGGAAUUCAAAAGUAAAUAG